UGCAUAAAAAACACUCUUAGUUAUUAACUUUUUGGGCGUUAUAGUAAAAAAAAAUGAUUGGAUUGCGUUUUGUGCGAUGGAUGCCCCAAAGCCGUUAGACGAAUUGCAAUGAGGAACCAGUAGCUCAUCUGUGCGUAUCAUAGUGGCUAUAAAAAGCACUAUCAGCUGUAGCUUAGGCAUCAGUUAAACAGUGAACAACCAACAGCAAGUGGUUUUGUGUUGAUACUAAACUAAACAAACAAUAAGUCAGAAAAUGCGUCUAUUUUUGGUACUUUGCUGCGCUUUGGUUACAAUCGCCAAUGGCAAACCACAAGGAUACAAUUAUGGUGCUGGCCUCUCGGGCGGUAGCGUACAGGGUGGCGCUUACCACGGUAGCAGCAGCUUUGGCGGUGGUCUGAGCGGACUCGGUGGCCUGAGCGGCGGUGGCAGUGGUUUCGGCGGCUUCGGCAGCGCCUCAAACAACGGUCCAAGCUUCGGUGGUUUCGGCAGCGGUGGGGGCAUUGGUCACAGCGCUGGUGGUUUCGGCAGCGGAAUUGGUGCCAGCAGUGGUAUCGGUGGUGGCAGCUUCGGUAGCGGCUCCAGUGGUUUUGGCAGCGGUGUUGGUGGUGGUUUCAACGCAGGCGCUGGUGGAUUUGGUGGUUACAAUGGACAACAACAAACUGGUGUCUUUGAAGCGCCACUCGUGCAUAAGCAAUUCAUUACCGUUUCAGCGCCUGAAGAUCACGAAACACUAGAGAAGAGCAAACAUUUCGUUAUUGGACGCCCACAAAAGAACUACCGUGUGGUCUUCAUUAAAGCGCCAUCUUCCAGCUCGGCUAAUGUCAAACUCUCGGCUGAAUAUGCACCACAAGAGGAGAAGACCGUCAUUUAUGUGCUGUCCAAGAAGGACUCAUCACUCGAAGUCAACGACAUUGCCACACCAGCACCAACAGUGCCCGCCAAGCCAGAGGUAUUCUUUAUCAAAUACAAAACCGAAGAGGAGGCCCAUCACGCACAACAACAAAUUCAAGCCGAAUACGACAGAAUCGAAGGUACCUCCGAACACACCGAUGGCGGCGUUGGCCAACAACAAUCGGUCGUUGGCAUUCUGGAUGGCGGUGCUGGAAAGGCUGGCGGCAAUGGCGCUGGUAUUAGUGGCGGUGUUGGUGGUAGCUAUGGCUCUGGCAGCGGCGCUGGCAUUGGAGGCAUCAGCGGCGGUGGCUUGGUUGGCGCUUCUAGCUCUAACUUUGGUGUUAGCCAAAGCAGUUCAAAUGGUGCUAAAUCAUCCACCUACUUGCCACCUUCCAAAGUUUUGUAAAGAUUGUAAAGAUAGGCUAUGUAGCAUUUUUCAAUUAUAAUGUUUGUUAUGUCAAUUUUGUUUAUUCAACGCAAUACCUCAAUAGCUAUUUAAAUAGCUGCUCUACACAAGAGUUUAGAGUGUUCACUGUGAAACCAGCGAGCAAAUAUAUUUUUUAUACCGAAAUUUUUUAAUAAAAAACUGAAAAAUCAAAGUUAUCUCUUACUUACUGAAAAACAGCGGAAGUAGAACUUUCAUAGCAGAGAAUAAAAUAUUAAAAAAAGGUAACUUAAGCGGUACCGAAGCUAUAAUUCCUCUAACAGAUGCAUUUUUCAUAACAUAAAGGGUAUAAAAAGAUCAGUGUCUUGUCCGAUCUGAACAGUAUCAUCAGAAAUUGCAACAUUGUCCCAAGCUGUGUCCAAUUUCAUAUAGAUUUUCUUUUUUCAAAUAAAAAGUUUUCCAUACAAGAAUUUGAAUCUGAUCAGUCAGUUUGUAUGGAAGCUAUGUAUAUGCUAUAGUGGUACGAUUUGAACAAUAUUCUCGGAGGUUGUAGCGUUGCUCGGUUCGAAAGUAAUACUCAAAAGGUGUUCAAAAUCUGUAUGGUAUACUUAUUCAUACAUACAUAUUAGAUAUUAAAUAUUAGAAAUUCCAAACAACUUUCUAAGCAUUGUUGCUCUACAAUCAUUCUUAUGCUUUCAAUUGUUGCGAAUAACUCGGUCAACGUUUUAAAUUUUUCUUAAACCAAAACGAAAUGAAAGAACAAA